AAGCCCUGCGUGUGGAGUGGCGUGAAGGGAGGUGCAGUGCUGCCUUUUAUCACCAGAAAAGGCCGUUCCUUGUACGAAGUUUUAAUCUACGAGUCCCAUCGGAGAGCCAGGAGUUUCUAGAGAGCGACACGUAUGUGUUAAGUUUGGAAGAUCUGCAGCAGACCAGAAGAUCCAAAAGUUUGGACAGUUCUGGGAUUGUGUUACAUGUUGAAGACACUGGUGAAAUGUUACCCAAGUCCCGACGUGCACUCACUAUUCAUGAAAUUACGGCCCUUGCUCGCUCCUCUCUGCAUGGAAUCUCACAGGUGGUGAAGGAUCAUGUGACCAAGCCUACAGCCAUGGCUCAGGGACGUGUGGCUCAUCUGAUCGAGUGGAAGGGCUGGAGCAAACCCAGCGACUCUCCGGCUGCACUGGAGACUCACUUCAAUUCAUACUCACACUUAAGUGAGGGAGAACAGGAGGCCAGGUUUGCUGCAGGCGUAGCUGAGCAGUUUGCUAUAGCAGAAGCUAAACUCCGUGCCUGGUCAUCAAUUGAUGGAGAGGAUUCCACAGAUGAUUCAUAUGAGGAGGAUCUGCAGCCCUCUAUGGACCAUUCUCAACCUGCAGAUUUUCUAAGUCCUGUGCAGAAGGAUCUGGUGUCAUCCCGUGUAUGCUGCUGUGACAGUGACUCCUCACGUACUCUGUCUCCUGAAACCCUGUGCUCCAGCCUGUGCAGCCUAGAUGAAGAACAGCUGCUCUUGGGGUCUCCAACACAGCUGGUUGAAGAGUCUUUGCUCAUCAAACCUCAGUCAGUUCUAGGUCCCUAUGAUCGCCUUCAAGAUCUGGAAUGUGAGGACUCUUCAUAUUCCAUGUCCUUCUCUGAGUCUUGUUUAAGCCCCAGUGAGGACGAGCUAAUUUCCUUCCCUCCAAUAAGUCGAGGGUCAGGGAUGCUCUCUUUGCGUAGAAAGGGCUCAGAUGUGGUGUCCUCUGGGGUUGUAUCUCUAGACGAAGAUGAAGAAGACCAACCCUGACCUGAAAUCAUGCUGCUCCUCUUGCAACUGCCGUUAGGUAUCAUCCCAUAUUUUUCUGAUUACGAUAAUUCUUUAUUUCAAAAAUCAUGGACUAAUCAGAGGGCAUUAACUCACCUAAUCAUUACUUUUCUUUCGAAAAUAAUUUGAUUUGGAUGUUUAUUUAUAAGUAAUAUUCUGUUUCUCUUUAUAGUGACUUUUCCCUUCAAUUUCCUAUUUAUUUUCACGAUCUUGUGUCUUUAAUUUAAUUCAUUACCUUUCUCACUUUUUUCUUUUCAAACAACUUAAUUGCCUGUUUGACAUGUCUUAAGCAUUUGGUCUGUUUUGCAUGACCCUUGCCCUAUGGUACCACUCUUGCUCAGUGGAGGGCCUUUAAGCUGUUGUCUGCAUGUCUUGCACCCCACUUAAUGCCACCGCUCAGAGAUUCCACCUCCAGCCCAGCUGUUGGCGGUGGAGUUCCCAUUUGGGGACAGUGGCAACAUGGCUUGUCCCUGUUAUUUUUUUUUAAUCUGUUUCCAGUUCUGUGGUUCCCUAUGCUCCACAGAUUCCAGGCAGCAGAUGAGAUGAACAUUGGGUAUGUUAUGGAUUCUGUGAUAUUAGUACAGCUUCAGGACUGUAAAAGGACUUGUGGAGCUCCAGUGACACUGUGGGGGACCCUACUCCAUGGGGGCUCUGCGGGAGCAUGCUUUGUGCAGGGGAGACCCUUCUUUUCUAGCGUUUUGUACGUGUCUGUUUGCUGCUCUUGGAAGGUCUUGUGCGGUAACAUCGAAAGUUUGUAACUCAUUUUCCUGCGUCUAUGACUUGACCAGCUGUGUAUAUAUAUAAAGAUAUAUAAAAAGCAAAA